GUUUUGCCCCAACCGGAAGUAGAAGCCAAAUUACCACGUGAAAGGGGCCUGUGCGCGGCUUCGUUUUUUAUUCUACGUCAUUGGUUGUUCAACUGAGUCAGAUCGAGUUCUGCUCCGUUUGUUGGCCUGUGCAAAAUACUCGUGGGCAUUCCUUUCGUUUCAAAAGAUGGACAAGCUGCAAACUGGGGAUCCGCGAUAUCUUAAAAGGAAAGUGAAGGGAUGUACUCUCGAUGUCCACCCAACAGAGAAAGCCAUUGUGGUCCAAUAUGAGGUCGAGGCAAUGAUACUUGGAGAGCAGGGGGAUGCCAUGGUUGGCGGUCGCAAAGAGUGUCAGAAAAUCAUUCGUCUGAAAAGCCUGAGUUCCAACACUGACACAUCAUCAUUGGCUCGGAAAGUGGUGGAAGAAUGUCAUUUGAUUCAUCCCUCAAAACUUAAUGAGGUUGAACAACUGCUGUUCUACCUUCAAAACCGCAGACAGACAAAUGAUGACCAAGGAAAAAAACGUACCUCUCCUCGAGAUUUUGCACCAUAUACACCUGUUGAGCUCAAUGAAGAGGCGCGUAUCAACAGCAUUGAUGAGUAUUUGGAGCUGCUGUAUGAGGACAUCCAGGAGAAGAUCAGGGGUGCCACACUGAUCUUUCAACUGGCCCGUAACCCAGACAACCUAGAGGAACUCAAACAGAAUGAAAUGGCUUUAGCAGCAUUGGCCAGAAUACUGAGGGAGGACUGGAAGCAGAGCGUGGACCUGGCAACAACCAUAAUUUGCAUCUUUUUCUGCUUCUCUAGUUUUUCUCAGUUCCAUGGAGUCAUCACUCAUUUCAAGAUUGGGGCCCUAUGUAUGAACAUCAUCGAACAUGAGCUCAAGAGAUACGACCUCUGGCAAGAUGAGCUCCAAAGGAAGAGGAAGGCCUAUGAAGAAUUCUCAGAGAACCAAAAUCUGAGGAAAGAGCAUGAGAAGUCCCUAAAAAAGUAUCAAAGCCUUCUGACUAAACAGGAGCAGCUUCUUCGAGUUUCUUUGUGUCUGUUGUUGAACCUCGCUGAAGACACUCACACAGAACUAAAGAUGCGGAACAAAAAUAUAGUUAACAUCCUUGUAAAGAUUCUAGACCGAAAGGAUGAAGAGCUUCUUUUAGUUGUCGUCUCAUUCCUCAAGAAACUUUCCAUCUUCAUGGAGAACAAGAAUGACAUGGUUCAAGUAUUCGCAGUGGAGAAGCUGGCUCUGCUGGUUCCAUGUGAGCAUGAAGACCUACUGAGCACUACAUUACGCCUUCUACUCAACCUUUCAUUUGACACUGCUCUGCGCAACCAGAUGGUUGAGGCUGGACUAAUUGCCAAACUAUCCUCAAUCCUCGAUGAUGAGGGCCAAAGACAGCUCAGCAUGUGCAUUCUGUACCACAUCAGCAUGGAGGACAGAUUUAAGUCCAUGUUUCCCAACACAGACUGCAUUCCACAGCUCAUGAAGAUGAUUUAUGACUCUGGUGAACAGAAGAUGGAUUUUGAACUCAUCUCACUGUGUAUCAACUUGGCUGCUAAUAAGCUCAAUGCCCAACUCAUGUGUCAAGGUAAUGGUUUGAAGAUGCUGAUGAAACGGUCAAUGAAACUGAAAGACGUUUUGUUGAUGAAGAUGAUCAGGAAUAUUUCCCAGCACAAUGGCCCUACCAAGAGCUUAUUUUUGGACCAUGUUGGAGAUUUGGCUGCACAGAUUAACCUGGAAAACACUGAAGAAUAUGUGAUUGAGUGUCUUGGAUCACUUGCAAAUCUGACCAUUCCUGAUCUGGACUGGGCACUGGUUCUUAAAGAGUACAACUUGGUUCCCUACCUGAAAGACAGACUUAAACCUGGUGCUGCUGAAGAUGAUUUAAUUCUAGAAGUUGUCAUCUUGAUUGGCACAGUGUCCAUGGAUGAUUCAUGUGCAGCCAUGCUUGCCAAAUCAGGCAUCAUACCUGCUCUCAUUGAACUGCUCAAUGCCCAACAGGUGGAUGAUGAGUUUGUCUGUCAAAUUGUCUAUGUUUUCUAUCAAAUGGUCUUCCACAAAGCUACCAGAGAUGUUAUCAUCAACGACACACAAGCCCCAACAUACCUCAUCGACCUAAUGCAUGAUAACAAUGCAGAGAUCCGUAAAGUUUGUGACAACACACUGGAUAUCAUUGCUGAGUACGAUGAAGAGUGGGGAAAGAGAAUACAGAAUGAAAAGUUCCGGUGGUAUAAUUGCCAGUGGCUUGAGAUGGUGGAGAACCGGCAGAUGGAUGAGACAGGAGAACCCUUACUCUAUGGGGAGGAUGAAGACUCCAUUGAGAACAGAGACAUUCUUGAGAGACCUGAUCUCUUAUACAGUGCAGACGGGAUUGUCUCAACAGAUGGUGCGAUCAGUCCAGAGUUCUACACUAACUUGAAGAAUGGAGAGCUGGGCCAAUCAUAUUCGGGAAGUGUGUCAGAGUUUGCCUCAUCAGCUCACGGUCCAGCAGAUCGUCCUGUCAGCGCCUAUGGCUUUCGACCAGAUGAACAGCUUUUCAACUACACCACCUCCUCCCAGUUGACAUGGAAUCUUGUCAACACCAAUACUGAUCCAGCAAUUUAGGGUGGUGUUUUUCUUUUAUAAAAGAUCCAGAUGAUUAUUAUAAUAGUAUAGCAUCCAGUGUUUUAUGUUUCUCAAACUAAGGAAAAAAAUUAGCAUUUUUAAGACAAUGUUGGUAGCAGCUGAACGUGCCACCAGCACAGGAAAUACCUAAACCAAGGGUUACAACGUGGUGCCCGCAGUCCCCAGGUCGCCCCUAAGGACGCAGAAUACCUACCAGUAUUGGAACAGUAAUUUUCUUGAAAUUUUGAACAUUGAAAAAUGGAAAAAAAACAGCUGAGAUUUAUAGAAAUAUUGUUGAAUAUUGAUAAUGUUUCCUAAUUAUUCUGAGAAAUCAUUAACAGAUCAGUGUCUUUGUUUAAGUGAAUAUCUAUCCAUUUUCUUCGCCGCUUAUCCUCACGAGGGUUGCGGGGAGUGCUGGAGCCUAUCCCAGCUGUCAAUGGGCAGGAGGCGGGGUACACCCUGAACUGGUUGGCAGCCAAUCGCAGGGCACAUGGAGACAAACAGCCACACUCACAAUCACACCGAGGGCCAAUUUAGAGUGUCCAAUUAAUGCUGCAUGUUUUUGGAACGUGGGAGGAAACCGGAGUGCACGGAGGAAACCCACGCAGGCACGGCGAGAACAUGCAAACCCCACACAGGCGGGUCCUAGAUUGAACCCGGGACCUCAGAACUGUGAGGCCAACGCUUUACCUGCUGAACCACCAUGGCGCCUAAAUGAGUAUCAUUAUUUAUAAAAAUAUCACUGAAGGAAAUUUGAGCAAAUUUGCCCUCUUUAUGUGGAGCAAACUCGUAGCUUUUUCAAAAAGGUUGGUUACCUGGCCUCGGGAAAUAACACUAUAUAUUGUAGAGAAAAUACAGCAACUUACAGCUAAACAAAACACUACUAGCGUUUUGAUAUGGCCAAGUUCAGAACUGAAGUUAAAUAUGAAAGGGUUUAAACGGACCAUACUGACUAACAGAUGAACAAUUAGCUUUAGUCUUGGUAGUCUGCAAUGUUUCCGGGGAUCUUAAAAGCCUAGGGUGUUCUUUUUUUUUUUUUUUGGAAGGAAUUAAUUGUUCUAGAAAUGAUACUUAAUCUUAAAAUCCCCUGUUCAAAUUCUAAACAUGUAAAACACAUUUUCUUUUUAUAUUUUUUUGAAACUGUGUCUAAAAGAACAACCGCAGGUAAUGUCCUGUCUUGGGCAUGUUUGGCUGCUUUUAACAUGAUGGCAGUUGCAAAAUUGCCAAAUAUGUAGGGACAUGAGUGUCAUCUUUUUUUCAAACCAAUACUAAGUAUAUUGUACUUGCUCUUGGGUACUCACUGGUACAUACUAUGUGGGAGUACUCCCAGCAUGCUUUGUGGCAAUACUAAGGAUGUGAAAAGCGUUUAAAGUGCAUGUUUCGUGCCAGUUAUUUCUUCAGUCAUUGUUUUGUUUUAUUUUUUGUUAGUUAUGCUACUAUGUUUGCUGUGGUGUGAUCAUUUUAAUUUCAAGAUUACACCGUGAGUGGGAACAGUAUGUCAACUAAUAACCUGCCUAAACACACUGUGUGGGGGGAAAAGGGUAUACUGUAUCUGAAAUUGUGCGGCCUGUAUGUAUAAUCUAUGAUAAUUUAACCUUUUAAUGGGAUUAGGAAAAUAAACUUUCCCAUGAUAUUCAAUUUAUGGGGAAAUUGCAAUUAUUCAAAAUCUUUAUUCCAAAUGCAAAUGAUGAUUUGCAGAUGUCAUACUGUUAUAAUGUAGCUACUGGCAAGGAAGACCUUGUCACAUUUGUCUUUUAUUUUUAUUUUAAGAACCAGUUGCUAGUAGUGGGAGCCCUUUUCAAGUAACUGAUGGUAUCAGUACUCCCUCAUUCCUACAGGAGGUUUAAAUACAUCUCAAUAAAUGUGAAUGUGGUAGAAAAUGUAUCAUUUAUUUCAGUCCAGUAUAUUAAUUCAUUGAACGUGGUAAAAUACAAUGUAAUGUAAUUGCAAACUCCUGCCUAAUUUAUACAUUACAAAUGAUUUUCAUUGUUUCUAGAUGUUUGUGAGGCAAUCUUGUAGUUUCUAGAGAUGGUGAAUUUUGGAUUUUCAUUUGCUGUAAGGUAUAAUAAAAUACCUAUAUUGAAAAAUGCCUCACUUUU